CACCUUAUCCACUUUCAUCCCAAUACAAAAAGGUGAUCUUUGCUUCCUCUUCUGCCCUUUGCAAGUUCUCCUAUCCAACAAAGUCAUGGCGACAACCGCAGCUGCCUUCACCCCCGCAAGAGUCGCAGGCGAAGUGGUGAGUUUCAGCAGCCAGACCCAGAAGAGAAUGAACAAGGUGGUGCACAUAAGAGGACUGAAUCCCUAUGGAGGUCUCAAAGCCCACAACGGUGUCGUCUCCUUAGGGAUGCCAGUUAGCACUGAGCAGUGUUUUGCAAAUGUUGUUAGUUUAAUUAAAACUUCAUCAAAUGGGAAAGGGAGAGGUGGAGGUGCAGUGUCCUCAAAGUGCAGUAAGGUGGGAGAGAUAUUUGAGAUUGCUGCCCUUAUGAAUGGGCUUGUUUUGGUUGGAGUUGCUGUUGGAUUUGUACUUCUCAGAAUUGAAGCUUUUGUUGAAGAAUCUGAGUGAGCCUUUUUGUUCAAAGAUAAGAAGGUGCUUAAUGGCUAUACAAUUGUUGUUUCAUCAAUGUUUUCAUUUUGUAGAACUGAAUUGUUUGAGAUGAAAGCGCUGCUACUUCCAUAGCUAAGCUUCUUAAUGGAAAAAGGUUGAUUGGAUGUGCUUCAAAA